UUGUUUCGUGCGUAUUUCAAUUCAAUUCAGUUGAAUUAAUCGUAGAUUUGGUAUAUUAUUGUUGCUUAACUCAACUUUUACCGUAUUAGAAUUAAUGAGUAUGUUUACAUUAGAUUUUUGUGUUAUUUUAAAGCUAAAAUUUGGCAUAUUUGAAUAUAGUACAAUAUGAAGAGUGUAGAGUUGUUUGUAUUAGGAAGUACAGUUUAAAGUGCGGCAUCUAGAACUAAAAAAUGGAAGUUGAAGAUGUAAUUGAGUUGGGUUCUUCAGACGAUGAGGCUGAGCCACCGGCAGCCAAGAAAAUUAAACCCCUUCCAAAUGCUAUGGUUCAUAUUCCGAAUAAAAUCCGCGACGUCACAAUAAACCCUGUGUCAUGUAAUAAAAACAAGCUGUCUAGGAAAUUGGUUACAAGAACGCCCAAUCAAACACCAAUUGUGACAAUGUCACGUACAAAUAUCAAUGCUCGACAAAGCAAGCCAAACGGAAGAUGUUUACAUAGAUUAACACCCCAGCCUCCUAGCCAAAACUUGAAGACUGACAAAGCAUUACAAAUUCAGAACAAACUGAACUCUUACCCACUGAAAGUCUUGCCUCGUAAACCACUAAAAGUGGGACAUUGGAAUUCAGGAGUUCAAAGGCCAAGAGUGCAAGGAAUAUCACCAAAGUUAAUUAGUAGUUUACCUCCAAGCAUUACAGUUACAAAGACUCAUGGAGGUAGUAGUACAUCCCAUUCAGGAGUGUUAAAAAACAAAAUAAGGGUCAACAAAGAAUUUUCAAAUAAUACAUUUGGACAUUCCAUAAAUAAAAUAUAUCCUGCUAGUUGCAUAGGUGAAAUCCUUACAGUAGAACUUGAUGAUGAUGAAAAUACAUCUUCUGUGGAUAACAGUAGUCAGGCCCAGUGGUAUAUGCGGCCUGAAGAACAACUGGAAAAAAACAAGCUUGAAGAACAGAACAAUAGUGAACCUAAAGUGAAAGAAAUGAUAGAAAUUACAAUAGAAGAUAGUCCUGUGAAGCCUUGUUUACUAGAACGAGCUAAAAAUAUAAAUGAUACAUUAUCUAUAACAAUUGACGACAGCCCUGUCAAAGUUGUAAAGAAAUCUGCAAAUCAAGCUGACUUAGGUAGUGACACUGAACCAGGUAAGCCUAAUAGUCCACAUAGUAAGAAAAAAUUGGAUUAUCCUGAAGCAGAAAAAAGUAAUGAAGUAUCAAUGGAAAUAGAUAGUGGAAAUGUGAUUGAAAGUGAACCUAAAGAAGUUAAAGAUAGUGAUGAAAUUGCAUUGGAAACUGCUAUACAAGAAACAAAAGACAAAGAUGGUGGGAUAAAUGUUGAUAAACCUGUAACAUCAACAGCUGAUUUGGAUGAAGUUAAUGACACCACACAAAAGGAUGUAUCUCCAAAAAAUGAUAAUUUAGCUGAGAACAGUAAUGAAGUAGAAAAAAAUAAUUCUAAUGAUAAAGAUAUUAUGGAUGUUAGUAAUGAAAGUUCUGGUGAAUUCCAUUCAAUAUUUCAACAAUUUAUGGAUUUAUGCCUUGAAAUUGACAAAUCGGAAGAUAUGAGAACAAUUGUUGAGAAAAGAAUUAAAACAUAUAGUAGACAAGUACCGAAAGAAUUUGUUGAAUCAGAACAAUUUCUUGAUAUGGUGUCAACGAAAAUAACAUUAAUAAAAUCUGAACCAUCAAAAAUUUACUUGCAUAUUAAAGAUAUUGUUGAUGAAUUAAAAUUGCACAGGAAAAGAAAAAAAGCAACUCCUGUAGUGAAUGAAAACCCAGUUGAUGAAAAACCAGAAGAUUUAGAUGACUAUAAUAAUAAAUAUGACCGAAAACGUCGAGGGCAAAUUCGUAAGUUGGAGAAAACUUUAAAGAAACUCCAACGGGCAAUAAACAAAUUAGACGAACAGGAAGUCGAUUUCGAUGAUGAAGAAGAUUCUGUAUAUUUAUUAAAUGACAGGUACAAAGAGAGAUUUGUGCGCACUUAUGCGAAAUUAUGCCAAUUAACCGAUACUAAAAUGCUAACGGAGCCUCGAAUUGUGAUCGAAUGUCGACCUGGUCAGCCACCAGGGCCUGCUAAAAAGCUAGAGAAGUGGAUUAACAAAAAAGUACCAAUAGGAAGUACACUGCCUUUUCCUGACUUUCACGAUGUUAUUAAAUGUGUGAGAGAGGCUAAUACUGAAGAUAAACUCGGAUGGAAUGAGGCUGAUAUUAUUGAUGAAGCUCGCGAUCUUUUUACAAGAUGUGGUAAAAAGUUGCAACGGCGGAGACAGGAAAAUGAAUGGAGGCUGGCGGUUUCUCGGAUCUCACAAGAUCUUGAUCCAGCUGAAAAGGAUGAAUCCCUAAAAAAGAAAUUAGAUGAAAAUAUGGAAAAAGCCUGUAAAAAAGAGACUGAACUUUUUAAUAAGUAUGCACAGAAACAGAACCAAUUACACUUAGAGCCCACAGAAAUCGACGAGAAAGACGCUGAUAAUUCACCUGUAGAAAGCGAUGAUGAGGUCGAUGAUGAUAGUGAUUCAUUAGAGGAUAGUCAAAAAAGGAGAGACCGCUUACAAAGACUUAUAGAUGAAAAAGAAUCUAAGAAAAAUAAUUUAAACAACAAGGAACAGCAGGGCUUAGAAAAUGAGAAUGGUCCAGAAACCGAAUCUUUGUCAAUUGAGGGUAAAGAAAAUGAAACAGAAACUAUAAAUGUAAAAGAUCAAGAUAUUAUUUACGUAGAGAAAAGUAAACAAAUAGAGGAAAAAAUGGAAACGGAAACCGAUUACGACAGACGAAAUUUAGUGGAAAAAAUCAAUAUCACUACUAAUUUUGUAGGCGCACUUGAUGUUAUAAAUGAAGAUGAUUUUCAGAAAGAACAAAUAUUGUCCGAGGACGUUGAAGAAAUUAUGAGUGACGAAACUGUACAAGACAUUGACGUUUCCCCAAAAACUACAGUUGUCGAUUUGGACUCUAACCUGAAUGAAGAGGAGAAUAUACAUCUUCUAUGUGAUGACUUUUAUGGUGAUGAACUUAAUCUUCUUGAGAAGCUAAAUUCAGGAAACGAAACAUCUUCGCCUGAUUCUUCAGACCUUGACGAUUCCCCUAUAGCUAUAUCGGAUAGCUUUGAUUCAAAUAGUGAAUCUGAACACUAUGAGACGUAUGAUGUUAUAAGUAUAGGAAAUUCCAGUUGUUCUGAGACUGAAAUAACUACGUCUGAAGAAAAUAAAAUUACGUCUAUUGAAAAUAAUGAUACAGUGAUAUCUGACAAUGGUGUUGCGUGUGAUUUGUCAAGCAAAGUUCAAACUAACCGAAAUAUAGAGCCCGAUAAAAGAAAAACAAUUUCUAUUAAUGAUAUAACACCAAGUGAGGACGAAUCUGAAAACAUACUUUUAGCAUAUUCUGAAGACGAAGGUUGUUCUAAAAGUGUCAAUCUUCAAGAUAAUUCGCUAACGAUAGGAGAAACAUUUGUAGGCGUAAUUAAUAAUACACAAACUAUUGUCAAUGAUAUAGAAUCCAACAAAUGUGAGGAAGUAAUUUCUAAAGAUGAUGAGAGCAUAUCGACCACUGAAACAGAAACAAACACAAUUAUAGACUCAGUCGGCUUAGAGAAUAGCAAUAACAAAGACGUAUACUUAAAAAAUUGUGACGAUGUCAUUGAUAGAGAUGACACUAUUACAAAUAUUAGCGAUAACUGUGCUCAAGAAAAAUCUGCUAUAACUGUGCUCGAUAAAAAUUUGGGAGAUGUUAUUAUAGAGGAAAAGCAAUCGAAUAAAAAUUCAAAUGAUUCACUCCUAUUUGAAAAUGCUAAUGAUUGCAAUAACGUUCUAACAACGGUAGAAAACACUGGGGAUAUGAUAAGACUAGAAACUAGUGAGGAACCAAUAACUUUGGAAGUAAGUGAAGAAUCAAGAGUGCCUGGAACGAAAGCAGAAACAACUACACCGAAAACUACUUCGAAAUCAAAAUCACAAGAGAGUAGAGAAUUAAUACUACUGGAAGCUAGUCAAGUAAUAAAAACAAAGGAAUCAAGUGGUCACCUAAGAGUAAUAGAAAAUGACCAGGAAUCCGAAAUACCGAAAGUAAACUGUGAUCCUAUAACUCUGGAAGUGAAUAGGGAAUCAAAGACACUGGAUAAGAGCUGGGAAACUGUAUUACUGGAAGACAAUAGUGAAACAAAAACAUUUGAAGAAAGUGGGGAACGAAUAACACUAGAAGCAAGUCGAGAAUCGAUGACACUGGAUAAAAGUUGGGAAACAUUAUUACUGGAAGAUAAUACGGAGCCAGAAAAACAUCAACAAAAUAAAGAACCAAAACCAUUUGAAGCUAGUCAAGAAUCAAAAAGAGAAGCGAGAGGGAAGAUAAUGGAUCAAAGAGUCAGCGGAGAUGAGAAAACACUCGCAAUGAAUGAAGAACACACAACGUUUGACGAGGACGUGGAACCAAUAACAGUGGAAGUGGGUGAAGAACCAAAGUCAAUAGACGAUAACACAGAUACGUCACCAUGCGCUCUAGAGGAACCACUACCUUCGACGAGUGGGGUAAAUAACAAUACGGAUUAACCUACCCGAAAAAAAAUUGUGGAUUCUUUAGCUUGGCGUAACACAUGAUUGAUGUUAGUGACCUCCAAGAAUGAAUCUAUUGCAUGAAUUGAGGAAAAGAGCAGGACAUAUAUCUGAAGAAAUAUGCCUAAAGCGCGACAAUAAAUUGAUGCCCAGUACUUUGUCUUUGUCUCACAAAUGUACUAAUUUAUUCAAGUCUACCCCAUAUAUCUCAAUGCAGUUUUGCUUGCGUGGCUGCUGAAAAUCAUCACCUGGAUCCCACGAAGAAGAUUUCGCAGAACCAUAAACCAUUUUGUCAAAGAAAAGUAAAGAAUAUAAAACUGAUCUUUUUAUGUACAACAUUUUAUAUACAGAAAGAUGUAAUCAUUAAAAAACAGCAUGAUUUAAGAAAGUAAUAGGCUUUAAAACUAAGGUAAAUUGC